UAAAAAAAGAUCAGCUAAAACAAAAUCACACAACUACUGUAUGUGCAUAUUUAGUUUCUCUUUCAAAAAAAAAAAAGAAAGAAAAUGUUUUUCCUUUGUACCCCGCUUUGAAAGUUCUGACUUAGAGGGAGGGAAACCCAGAGAAGGAAGAGGAGUGAAAAGUCCAGUCUCCCUUCUAUGGUUGCUGUGCGACUGGAGGGGAGGGGCAAAGAUCAGAGAGAGAGAUCAGAGAGGAGUAAGGGAGUGGUUGGGGCUGGUUUAAGGUCGUAUUUCACCAGCACUCUAGUUGUUUGUAACACUAAACUUCCAAUCCCACAGUCAGUGUAUGUGGGUGCUGUAUCUGGACAACUGUCGCCAAGAGAUCAGGAGAACGCCUGCUCUGGCACUCUGCAGGACUGACUUUGAUUGUGUUGAAGUCCCAGGUGAGUGGCAGACACCCUUGCGUAGUCAGUGUCAGUAAUCAGGAAGAGUAUCCAUUGGUGGCUGUACACAGUGACUGGAGAUAACACGGUCCACGGCGACAGAAGCACCUGAUCCUGUUACCGGCUAAUGAAAAGGAAAAGGACUUCUGAGCUCAUCCAUCUUCAUUUAUGAAACUUACCCUGGUGAUGUCUUUAGACCAGUGUCACAUGGAUGUUAUAAGAUAAUCACUGGUCUUUAUAAUAGCAUUUAAAAGUACUAAAACUGAAUGUCUAAUUUUCUUCAGCUGAAACUUCAGGUUUAAAGGUGUUCACCAAAAAAACUGUUGUGGCUUUUAAACUGCUCCGUGUCUCCUGGUGGACGUCGGGGGAAGACCUGCGAUUUUCCAGCCUGCUGCUUGAGUUAAUUACUGCUUGUGGUCUGCAGUACUCGUGUUGGGAUUUCCAGGAAUCUAGUAGAAAGCAAAAAAAUUGUCUGAAAAUUGUCAUCCAGGUUGCAAAAACACCUGUGGAUAUGAACCAGUAAAUUUCAUUUAGUGGGACAUUAAUUCAAUCAGACAUUCCUUCAUUUCGCUGGAGCUUCAUGGAUUUAAAACCCAAUCACUUCAUGAUCUUUAAGCGUAAACCGUGUUAUGUAGUUCUGCUUUUGAUCCCAGACUCGUGAGGAACAGUGCGCCGUGGAUUAACUCUUGUAACUUUAAGUGACCUCGAUCUUAUCCCCUGCUUUUAAAGAGGGUAUGAUGAGGGACAAGCGUUCUGGGUCUUUUGGGAGGGACAGAGAGAAGGCAGAAAAGGCCGCCCCGAUCUCCCGAGCUCUCAGCUGGCUAAGCGCGUCCUCGCUGUCACAGCAGACCCGUAAACUGUUCCGCAGCCAGAACAGCCUCCAUAGACACUCCAGCACUCCACAUGGAGUGGAUGAAGAUGAUGAUGACUGGGUGUAUGAGCCCCAGCACUAUAUAGCUGUAUCUAAUCUGGAUGAAGAGAAAAAGUGGACUGUGCACUACACGGCUCCAUGGCACCAGCAGGAGAACGUCUUUCUGCCGGGCUCCAGACCGGCCUGCGUGGAGGACCUGCACCGCCAGGCCAAAGUGAACCUGAAAACGGCUCUCAGAGAAUGUGAUAAACUGAGAAAAGACGGCUUCCGCAGCUCACAGUACUACUCACAGGGGCCCGCCUUCUCAGGCUCCACAAACUCCCAACAUGAGGAUGAGGAUAUCGAAGAUGAUGACGCUGAUAAAAAGUCCACAGCAUCUUCAGGAGAUUACGAGAAAGACUCCUGCCAAAUGAAAGCACAGAGUCCAGGGGAGUUGGAGGGGGUUGAGAUUGAUGGACAAAUGUCACGGUCCAAAGCUCCACCCCUGCCCACUCCAGAAGAGAAGAUGAGGCAGCAGGCUCGGGCUGUUCUCACAGAUAUUGUCCCCAUCAAUGUCACAGGGGAGACGUUUGACAGGCAGGCCAGCAUCCGCCGCUCCCUUAUAAACACUGACACUCUGGUCCGUCGGCCCAAGAAGGUUAAGCGGAGAAAGACUAUUUCAGGGGUGCCUGACAGCGUCCAACAGGAACUAGCGGUGAAAGGAUGUGGAGGAGAGCUUCGGCCACAGUCCAUGUUCAUCCCUGGACAGUAUUCGACACUUGGGCGAGUCAUAAAUGGGAAUUCAACUCUCCGUCAAUCUAUAACAAAGGACUCUGGCUGCCAGACUGAGAAUGUGAAAAUCGUCCCACCCUCUGUGAGGAGAAUACGGGCUCAGAAAGGCCAAGGAAUUGCAGCUCAGAUGGCUGGCAUUUCCACCUCUGCCACAAACAUCUCUUCUGCUUCUGAUGGGAGCUCCCAUGGAAAUUCAAUUGGUGUAAUGGCUCCACAGUUUGGCAAUGAUAUCCAACGUUUUCACAGCUUGCCACGAGGUGCACGAGUCUCUCUUAACACAGAGCACCUUUACAGUAGCACCCCUUCCAGGCAAGAAGACUCCACUGCAAAAGCAACUCAGCAGAUUAGAAAAUUACAAGUAGAUGAUACUGUGGUGCACAUAAGGAAUGCCCCCAGGGUAUGCACCCAAGCACGGCCAAAAUCUCAGGAGGUGAGAGGUACUCAAAGGGAGUGGGGAUCUGUCUCGGGUCCAGCCUGUGUAGUUUCUCCACAUGCAGCCUACUCAACCUCCUUUAUACCAAAUGCUACUCUGUCAUGUUCUGCUGAGGUUAUUGCACUUCACACCACAUCAAGCCCUGGCCAGAGCCCACUUGCUGGGUCACCGUACACUAAAGCUAGAGCUCUUAGCAUGGUCUCAACUGUCAACAGUGAGAGCACCAGUAGUGUGGGCACAGGAUCACACACACCAGAAGCAGGCAUGAAGGAUACCUGCAGUGAGACUGGCCAGUCUGAUAGCAGUUUACACAGCCACAGCACCCUUGCCGCAGGAACAUUGUCUUCAGAAGAGCAAUGGAUUUAUGACACUCCUGAGAAUGUCUUGCCCAAAAGGACGCUAUCUUCAAGCUGCUCAACACCCGUAAAUCAUCUCUAUAGUAGCCUUGAACGCUCCUCAAAAGGCACGGACUCUAGUUCGCUCUACUCAGUGGACAAUGAUGGCUUCUACACUUCCAUGCAUCUGGAUUCAGGCCUAAGGUCAAGGAGCCAGGGUAGCGGCCAUUGUCAUGGCAUAGGAGGAAGAACGGCAAGACACAGUAUGUAUGAGUGCCUGGGUCAGCAAGAAGACCGAAACAGCUUGUACAGUGACCGUUCACUGUCACGUUCCAUUUCUCUACGCAAGCCCAAGAAACCACCUCUUCCACCAGCACGCACAGACUCUCUACGACGAAAGCCUAAGAAAGCCAGUUCACCCACUGCCUGUAUUGGACAGUCAGAUAUUAGCAAUGGUACACUUCUCAAUGAGUCAUUGAUUGCAACGCUCCAACAGUCACUUCAGAAUGGGCUGAAAGGCAAAGGGUCCUCCACCUCACCGUCUCACAGUCCUUGUAGUGACUAUGAGGACUCCUGGAUGCUCCGUUCCAGGAGUCAGAGCAGCAUCAGUGCAGGCAGCAGUGGUGUAUCAGCUACAGGGAUGGCUCAUGUGUACUCCAUUUGUCAUGUCACACCUUCUCAAAGUGACACUAGUAGCCUCCGUUCUGAUUAUGCAGACUCCUGGGGCUACUACAUGGAGUACCCUCGUCCAUCUGAAGAUCAGACACAGUCACCGUGCACCAAUACACUUUCAGCUGGACAAGUGAUUGAGAUAGCAAAUGCAAAAAGCCUCCACAAUGGUAACCAGGCUAAUCAUCCUCCUGCUCAAGAAGGAAGUAAUGUGUGUGUGAAGCCCAGAACAGGCACCUCAUCACCAGAUCGGGUACACCGGUUGACUUCUCCAUCAAGUGGAUACUCGAGUCAAUCCAACACUCCAACAGCAGGCACUCCUGUUCCCUCCUUCAUGAGAUGCAUGUCCCCAUCAGGCAAGCCCAAACCCAGAGUGCCUGAAAGAAAAUCAUCCUUGCUUUCAUCUGUAUCCAUAUCAUCUUCUUCCACUUCUCUUUCCUCCAACACCUCUGAUUCCAACAGGAACAAUGUACCUCCUCCACCUCCUCUUCCAGCUGGCCCUGUGGCUCUUGUACCUUUUAAUCCUUCAUCCUUUUCUCCUUCCCUUCCACCCUCCAGCCCUGUGUGCACUAUAGACCAGAAAUGUCCUCCUCCGUCACCUCCUUUACCCACAACCCCCCAUCAACAAGCAUCAAUGAACCCUCCUUUCAUCAAUUCCUCCCCUGAAUUUCCACCGCCUCCACCUCCAGAGGUGUUUACUGACCCUGUUUUGUCUAGCCUCAAUAGUUCUUUCAGUCCUCCACCACCUCCUCCACCACCGCUGCCUUCUUUUUCUACCAUCCCUGCUUAUUCACCACCCCAAAAUCAACACCUACCUAGCUUGACACCACCUACACCUUCCUCUGCUUGCUUAAAGGAAAUGAAAGGUAGCCUAAAACCAGUGAACCUAGAAAGAAAACCAGUGUCCCCGCAUUCUGAGGAGCCUAGUCAGAUUGGCAUGCCUCUCAUCACCCCUUUUGCCCUUCAGAGUGUGCAGCUUCGGCCAGCAAAACGGCCUGAAAACAAUGGAGUUAGCCAGUUAGCCAGACCCCAAACCCCAGAGAAGUCUCAAAAAACAGGGCACCCCACAGUUCCUCAGGGCAUCCUUUGCAUACCUCCAAAUUUAAGGCCAUCAUCUCCACAGAAAAAACUCUCCAUGCAGCACAGUCAGGGUAGCCAUGUUGAAGCAAAACCUGACAGUGUAAUAUCACAUUCUGAACAGACAUCCUUCCUUACAAAUGGUUCCAUUGAUCUUGAUGAGGUUAAGGUCACAGCUGAAGUAGAUGGUCUUGAGACUGCCCUGGCAUCACCCGAGAAGAACACUACACCCAAGAAGAAGCCUCCUGUGGUCUCCAAAAAGCCCAAGUUUUCUCUCAUCUUUUCCUCAGUGGAUCAUGUCAGUGAAUUGCCGAGGUCUCAGAAUGACGCUAACAUCUCUACUACUACAGCUGAAAAUCUGGACCCCACACCUGUGCCAGAACAGGAAGAAAAGACAACUGAGAAGGAUAGCAUUGACAUUUCUGCACCUCCUAAGGAGAUUUCUCCCACAGAUAGUGUAACUCAAGAGUCCUCCCAGAUUCCUCGUACCAUCAUUCCUGAUGCAGACAAGGGCACCUCUGAAGAAGAGGGUGAAGAAAGAGAUGAUGAAGAUGUAACCAGCAGCACAGGAUCUUCUGGCUCUAAAGAUGAUGAAAGUGGUGAGGUGUUUGAGUCCAGCACAUUGGACGUCUCUCAGUCUCCCAGCAUCAACAGCGACAGCUGUGGGGACAUGGUGACCCCCACACGGCCCCGCACCACAGAGGACCUCUUUGCUGUCAUUCACAGGUCAAAGCGGAAGGUUCUAGGGCGCAAGGAAUCUGAAGAGGACCGUUCACAAGGUCCUUUAUCCCCAUCAGUCACCCCUUCAGGAAUAGCCCCCGCCUUAACGUCCCCUGUGCCACGGCAAACGGGCUCCAUCCAGCGCAGCCUGCGCAAAUCCUCGACCAGCAGCGACACCUUCAAGGCCCUCCUGCUAAAGAAAGGCAGUCGCUCUGAGACCAGCUUCCGCAUGUCUGCUGCAGAGAUGCUGCGCAGCACCGACCCCAGAUUUCACAGGGCUCACUCCCUCGACUCCUCAUUUGAUUCAUCAUCUCCAACAGGUGAGAGUCCCUGCUCUUCACCGGGCCGGAGCAAGAGGACGCCCGACGACUGGCUGCGCAAUGACGGAAUGUUCUCAACGUCCCCAUCGUUAAUCGGUUCCAAGUACGGCCGAUCUCGCACGCCACCCUCCGCCGCCAGCAGCAAGUAUAACGCCCGCAGCCGGAUCCUCAGCAGCCCCAUGACUGUUAUUUGCGAGAGGGAUGGAGAACUCACAGACUCUGAAGAACCAUGCCCUGUUCCUCCUUCAAACAUGCCCCUUCCCAUUUCUAAAGACUCUAACAGCACUUUAUGUGAGCAGAGCAGCAGCUAAAAUACCAAACGGCCUCUUGGCAAAGGCAGAACGUCUUCUCGGCACCAGAUAUUGACUGAGGGCAGAGGACUCGAGAAGGUCUUGCCACCCGCUCAUCCAGGAAGCGCUGCCUGAUGUUGUAGUGUGGGCUAAGACUUGAGGAUCGAAGUAGAUCAAGCAGUCAGCUCAAGCAGUAAAUGAUAUACUGCUGUAUCUGCAGUUCUUCAGAAAAAGAAAAAAAAACAAUGUAAUCCAAUUUGACCUUUUCGGAGAAAGCUCCGCUUUCAGUGGCAAUACUAGAUGCAUCUUUCCAAAUUUUAGCAAUUAAUUCUCUUAUUUUGUUCAGCUUUUUAUUUCCAUUCUUCAGCAGUAACAGAUUUGUGUGGGCUUGCUUUUUGGUGAAGCAGUAAAAGAAAGUUGUAAUGAAGGAAUUACUAUGUGACUGCUUGUUCUGGCUGUAGUAGUUCAAGUUGAUGGAUGUUAUGUCAGCGCCAUGAGGUGCGUCACAUUUCAAGCUUCACUCAGGCAGCUGUCAGCGCCUUACCGCUUGGGUACGCCGGUCUACAAAGACCAAGAUAAAGAGCACACUGACCGAUUCCGAAGACUGUCUUUCCGUACUGUUCAGACUAUAGGAAGUGUCUGGAAUGGAAAAGGAAUUGUGGGCCGAGGGAUUGGAGUAAUGACGGCUUGUUUGUGUUUGGUUUAUGGUGUGUAGGUUUGCACUGUUCAUCGUCUUCUUUUAUUUGUCACCUAAAAAGCAUUGUGUCUGCGUUGGUUAUUUUAAAGAGUUAAUUCUUACUUGAAACAAAUGACUUGUUUACUUGUAAUUGUGUUGUUUACCAAAGAGUCGAAUGGGACACUCUUAACUUAACAGCCUGAGUUCUGUUUUAACAUCUAGCGAAAGUAAUCGCUUAAUUACUAAUCCUCCUGUUUACCUGUCGAAUGUUUUCUUUCGCAGUUUUAUAAUGUUUUUUUUUUUUUUAUGUAUAUACCUACAGAAAUGUUAAGUAACGCCUGGACUUAUUUUCAAAGAAUUUGUACAUUUUAGAAACCUAGGAGUGGCUUCCUUUUGUAGAGUAUUUAUUUUACAAAUAGCCAGAAAGUGGUUUGAUAUACUGUAGCUGGAGGUAGGCUUUUCGGGAUGGAGGUGAAAUUAGAUGGGACAGAUGUUGUGGUCAAGAGUCCAGAUUCACCAGUCACAGAAUUUCUGUUUUGGUCCUUCUCCCAUCCUACCGAUGUAAACGCAGAUCAGUAAAGCAGAAGAAAGAAUGAUGGUUAAAGAGGAAGCAAGCUGCUAACUCUCAAGAGUAUGUCUCUGUAAUAAAACAUGGUGAUAUUUUACAAUUUCC